AUGAGCGGUUACCUGCACACGCUGCGUUACUUCUUCGGCCUACCCCUCAGCAUUGCUUGGAGAACAGCUCUCGUGCAGAUCCCUCGAUUCGUGCCCCUAUCGAUCCUCCACAUCACCUCGCCCAAGGGCCCGCACCCCUUUCUCGUCAAUCUACCGAGUCGAAAAGGAGCCGUCAUCACACUCUAUGUCUUUGUGCCACCCGCACCAGUCGAUCUGGAAAGAAAUGAGGACCAGCGGCGAGCAGAGACGGGAGAAUGGAGAGUACCAGUGGUGCUGGACUUUCACGGAGGUGGCUUCAUCAUGGGCAGCCCGCUCGAGCAGGCACCGUAUGCCUCGAUGAUGUCGCGUGAGCUCGGAGCAGUCGUGAUCUCUGUGUCAUACCGCAUUGGACCUUUUCACCAGUUCCCCGCCGCUAUACACGAUGCCGAAGACGUGCUGUCUGCGAUCCUCGAUACGGACAGCAUAACGGAUGCUGGCAAAUACCUCAGGACUGAGAUUCAGCGGUACUAUACAAUCAUGCGCACGAACACGCUCAGUAGGACCGACAAGAGGAAGAAGAAGGAGCCACUACCUCCUCACAUCGAGCAUGUCACGACCAUCACGCUUGAUCCAGAACGGAUUUGUAUCUCAGGAUUCUCAGCAGGUGGAAACAUCGCAUUGAACAUGGCUGUAUCAGCUCCUCCGUGUGCAGAUCUCUUACAGUCCGACACGGGGCGCUCCAACUCGAUAUCGCGAGGACCGUCGCCCGCUGCAACCAUGUCACCACUCUUACCACCGAACCGAGCACCUACAAUACUCGACAACCCACUACAUCCCUGGCCGACGAUUUUACCUCCCCCACAGGCUCGACCUCGUUUCAUGCCUCUCCUCCUAUUCUACCCUUCGCUAGACGCACGCCUAUUACCUCACGAACGACCCAUGAAGGCUCUACCGAACGCGCUAAAGGGCGACGACAAGGCGCCUGACAAACCACGCAUGCCUGGUCUCUUCUCGAUCAUGGGACCUACAUACCUACCCAAAAAGCUACGGCCACACCCUCGAGCAAGCCCUGGCCUGAUCGAUCCCGAAAAUAUCCAGAAGAACGCCGCUAUGUUCCUUGUCCUUCCCGAGAGGGACACCCUCGCCGUUCAAAGCGACGUCUGGGUCGACAAGAUGAACUGCAGUGGAUGGCACGGACACGUGCGCUUCGGCGACGGGCGCGAGCACGACUGGGACGGCAUCGACGGCGGCGCACCCUAUCCCAAAGUCGACACCAACGGCGGUCUUGAAGUCUGGCACGCCCCAGGCUGCAGACACGGCUGGACGCAGUUCCCUGACAUAGCAGUUGGGAAGCACGAGAGGAAGGAGAGGAAGCUUGUCUUCGAGCGGACUUUACAAUUUGUAAAGGAUGCGUGGAAGAGGGAACUUCCAAUCCCGGACAGGCAGCUGGGGAAUAACAAUCAGGAGCUCAGGCCGCUGAGAAUCCCCCCUCAGUCUAGUGGGCUGGAGUGUUAA